AUGGCUCCACAAUCCAUCGAUAUCCCUUCUCUCCCUAUCCCAGGUGAGAAACAGCAACCUCCUCAACAGAUAACUUUUGAACAACAACAACAACAACAAAAUGAAUCAUCAUCAUCAUCAACUCCACAACAAGGUACCAUAGAUUAUUACUUUGAUCAAACACUUACAACUCUUGGUAACCAUCCUAUCCUAACAGGUCUCGGUGGGUUUGCACUUGCAUAUAUUGUCGCUGGUCGUUUUAAAUCAAAUCAACCAGGUAUAAAUGGUAAAGCUUUCCAUAAAGGUGGAUUUGGACCAAAAAUGACUGCAAAAGAAGCUUUACAAAUCUUGAAUUUAAGAGAAACUACAUUAACUAAAAAAAGAUUAAAAGAAACACAUAGAAAAAUCAUGUUGGCAAACCAUCCUGAUAAAGGUGGUAGUCCAUAUGUUGCUACAAAGAUUAAUGAAGCUAAAGAUUUUUUGGAAAAAAGAGGUAUUAAGAAAUAA